CUCGCAUCACGCCUAUUUGAACUUGUCUGCCAUUCCAAUUUGUUUCUAACUGAGCCGCUUUUAUUUUUGUUCAUUGUACUAGUGACAGCUCGCAAAGAUGUCGACUCACGAUCUCCAGACCCGACUGCAAGACUUGUCUAUUGAUGGCCACCGUAAGCAAGGCCAGGAUAAGGAGAAUUCGACUUCCCAAGGGCAAGACAAGGAGAAUCUGAAGACCAGGCCGAUGGGAAAGUCUCUCUCCUAUACCUUCUUCCGCCCGAAACUCGUCAAAGUCGCCCUCCAAGCCAAGAUAAACAACAGCACGUCGACCUCGUCUGUCCCCCAAACAGCGGAAACAAAGCCCUCGCAGGAUCCCAAAGCAGCCCCUACCGUGACGGUCACCCCCGAUGAGACCCCCGAAGCAAAGCCAACACCGGCACCAGCACCGGCACUGGCGAAGCUCACCAAGCAGCCCUCACCCCCCAAGGCCUUCCACCUCGGCAUGUUCGAGAUAGGCAAGCCCCUGGGCAAGGGCAAGUUCGGGCGCGUGUACCUGGCGCGCGAGCGGGCGCACGGGUUCAUCUGCGCGCUCAAGGUGCUGCACAAGAGCGAGCUGCAGCAGGCGCGCGUCGAGGUCCAGGUGCGGCGCGAGGUCGAGAUCCAGGCGAACCUGGCGCACCCCAACAUCCUGCGGCUGUACGGGCACUUCCACGACCCGCGGCGCGUGUUCCUGAUCCUCGAGUACGCCGGCCAGGGCGAGCUGUACGGGCACCUGCGCAGGGCGGCCGGGGGCAGGUUCGGCGAGGGCCGGGCGGCGCGGUACGUCGCGCAGAUGGCCGGGGCGCUGCGCCACCUGCACCGCAAGAACGUCAUCCACCGCGACAUCAAGCCCGAGAACAUACUGGUCGGCCUGCACGGCGAGAUCAAGAUCUCGGAUUUCGGGUGGAGCGUGCACGCGCCCGGCAAGAGGCGCACGACGUACUGCGGCACGCUCGACUACCUGCCGCCCGAGAUGGUGGCGGCGCCGGGUCCCCCCGGCGCCGACGGGUCCUACGACGAGAGGGUGGACCUCUGGUCCCUCGGCGUGCUCACGUAUGAGUUCCUCGUGGGCGAGGCGCCGUUCGAGGAUACCUUUGUGAUGACGACCCGGAGGAUCGCGAGCGGCGACGUGCAUAUUCCGUCGUUCGUGAGUGCUGAGGCUAGGGAUCUCAUAGAGAAGCUGCUUGUCGUUGACCCCAGUGGAAGGCUUCCCCUCGACAGGGUCCUGCAACAUCCAUGGAUCCUCAGGCAUUGCCGAGGGGUCGGGGAGAGCUGCAAACCCCAAAGGCUGACGGGAACCUCUGACAAGUAGCCCCAAGGUGCGGCAGUAAUAUGCGCUAUUAUUCUGCUCAGGUGCCCACUACGCGGCCACCAGAUACCCACAAGCCUUGUGUGGGACACUCUCCUAUGGUGUCUAUCACCACCUCUCCUUUGCCCGACGCGGGUCCACAUCGCCAACGAAGUCGCUCAUGAUCUGGUAUCGCUCGUCCAGCCGGUGCCUCGCCCUAAGUUCCAACGGUAUGUCCUCAUACUCGUCCCUCCUGAGCUUGUUCCACCCUUUGCCCCUCAUCGGCGGCAUCCUCACGGUCCGGUCGUUCUCCCUGUACAUCAUACCGUCGCCCGUCUCCAUCAGGCUCGCCUCCAGCGGCAAGGUCGAGUAUCCCGCGCCCGAGUCCUGGCCCCCCAUCGUGGAGCCGAACACAGUGUCGGCUUCCGUGGCGCCGCCGGCAAGACCUCCCAGCGUUGCGGAGAGGCUGGCCUCGACCACGCCGCCCGAGAUGCCGAUGUAGAAGUUGGGUGCGAGGGGCGACGACCGGGCCAUGCUCCACACGCCCGCGUAGGCAUCCUUUCGGGGCAGGGAUUUGGAGAAGAAAAAGGUGCCGUUCGGGCGGUAGUACUGGUCCCGCGACAGCUCGUGCCAUGUGCACCGGCUGCCUGUUGGCCGGGCCUGGCACUGCGGCCGCGGUUUGGCGGGGAGGCCUGGGGCCUGGAGGAACGGCUGGAUGGGCUUCGGGAAAGGCCGCUCGCCGCUGCACGGCAGCGCCGCGGUGUGGUAGUAGUCCUUGGACCAGCGGAAGUCGAAGACCUUGAUGGUUGCGCCGUGGGCGCCGCCGGCGACGAAGUGGCCCGUGCCGAAGGGCAGGAGUGACUCGAACUCGGACCAUGGGUCAAUGUUGUCACAGUACACGAGGUCGGAGGGUGACUGUGUGCGUAGAUCCUGCAGCCUCACCGAGCCGUCGCGCCAGGCGGUCAGGAGCAGGUUGGCGUUCCCGCCGGUGAUGGAUGAGGCGUCGAUCGGGGUCAACGAAUGGGUGCACAACCUGCCCUUACCAUAGCUGAUGUCAAAUCGGUCCUCCAGGGCAGGGUUCUUGUAAGGGGACAAGGUCUCGAUCCCGGUAGGAGUGAUCGUGGCGUAUCUGAGUUGGUGCUGACAGCCUUGCAAGGCAAAGGCCAUCGUGUCUUCCCCCAUCCACCGUGCGUACCCCAGGGUCAUGCUUGGCACAUCGAAGUGAUCGGUCGUCAGGUCAAGAUAGGCGGAGGGCUCGACGUUGACCCCGGAUGCUUCAGGGAGACGGUACAGUUGCACCCCAGCCUUUGUAGCAGCAGCCACAAGCCUUUUCCGAGGAAGCACGUCGAUAGAAUUGAUGGUGGCCUGGCUGAACCGUGUGGUUGGGCCGACUUCUUCGGUCCCAUCGAUGGUGGUGAAUUCGGGGCUGAAAUCGGCCAUCUUCUCGCCGAAGCCCUUCUCGCUCAGAUCCAGCAGGACAAGAUGGCCAUUGUCUCUGCCGACCAGAGCUCCUAAGCCAUCGACAACAUCCUCCACAACCGCGACGGCCUUGAUAUCAUCAGGACCAGCGGAGUAGCCCUGGUCUUUCCCAUCCAGCCGAUGCCAUGUGACCUGCUCCGGGCAGCCGCCUUUUCGCCCUAACCUUCGCCUCCUCGCAACAAAGUUCUCGCCAGCGCCCCAGACGACUAGCUCCUCCCUUGCCGCAAAGUCAAAGUGGGCAUCCAGGACAGGAUGAUACGGAGUCGCCUGGCGGCGUCGCGGACCUCUGCCCUGGUUGAGACUGGCUUCUGGCAGCAUGGCCUGGAAAGCAAGCGAGCGGCGCUCCCAGGCACGGGAUUGCCAGGUCAGUGAGCUCGCUAUCUCAGCCCAUUUCGGAUAGGUGGGUGAGGUGGGUGAGGGCACGAAGGGGAUGGGCGUUGAUGGGAACCGGGAGCGGACGAAAGCACGCCAGCCGCUCUCGUUGUCUGCUCUGAUCAGGGAUGCGAGACGUCUGUUUGCCAGGAGGAGGGCACGGAUAUCCCUUGCGGUAUCUAGAUGGACGACUAUUAUGAGUAGAACGUCAUCUGGAAGGGUGUCGAGCAUCGUCGACUUGAGUGGCCGUCGAAAGGACAGCAAGGCCUGAUGAAGCCAGGUGGGCUUCGACAGGAGUGAGAUUUGAGUCGGUUAUAACUAUUUCAGGUCGAGAAUGUAACCGAGAAUUCUGCAGUAGAUAGGUUCUUAGGUGAAGAAGAGGCGGGUUUUAUGCAGAUACAGUUCAAGGCGCAUGCAUGCUGGAAGGAGAACGGGUCGAAAGAAACGUCGAGUGCAGUGGCGAUGAAGUCAUUAGGACCCUGAAAGCUCAUACAGUAGCGCUGAGCGAUCUGCGGCUAGUGGGGCUUCCAGGCACCAGGGCCCAUUCUGGCCCAUUCUUAGUCAGCGGGCCAACCUCAGUCCUGACUUGCCUGGGACAAUCCUGGGCAAUUGUGACUCACGUCUCUCAAAAUACCUAUGACUGCUAUUGACUCCCACAAACCGACUCGGACCUUUCCGUCUUUUUUGGAGCGGUGAAAGACCCAAAACCCUCGAACUUGUUGAGUCACAGAAAAGCCCUGCCAUGGCUAUGCUCAUCUAUGGCUCUGCGCGACUCGACAGGCAGCGAGAAUCGUUCCAAGGUUGUUAUUUGGGCUCAUGCUUGUCAUGAGUGUUGGCGGUUUCAUUUAGAGACUCAAUUCUACUUGAUGAGUCGCUGCUGCUGCUGCUGCUGCUGCUGCUGAGGAGAUAUGGACUGGUGAGUGGUCGUGGGAGAAUGCAAAGCCAUGAACAACUUCCUUUCAGGCCUGAUUGGCAGUUCGACGAUGCUCUAGAGGCGUAAAUUAAGAAACUUCACAUCUUUCACCCAGUCUCAUCCAUGUUCCCAAACUCGACACACGGACUGUGAAAAAUCAAUCAGCC